UUUUACCCUUCUUCUUUGUACUGAGACUGAGGCCAAGAGAAAAGAUUCCGUAGCCCCUGCUGUAGCAACCAACAAGCAGAUGUCUCUUCCAUCCGAUUUACAGCUGCCUCCAACCAAUCACGUCUCGUUCUGAUGACAUCACAGCUGUGACAGCACCGUUGCCGUGGUAACCGUGGACCCCGGCAUGCGGAGGUAGAGACGAGAGGAGAGGAGCGAGCGACCAUCACACUUCACCAUGGGGCUCCGGGGAAGGCAGUUCCUGCUGCUGCUGUGGAAGAAUAUUAAGCUACAGAUCAGGAGACCCAUCGGUACCUUCAUCGAGAUAUUUGUUCCAAUUGCUUUGUUUGCUCUACUGAUCAUUGCAAGGAGAGGACUGGAAGCUGUAGACCACUGCUUCUCUACAUAUGAGCCAGGAUUUGAGGCUGCCCAGACCACCAAUGUGCAGGAUGGGGGGGCCAUGAACCUGUCCCAGCUGGCUGCCAUGGCUGCCAUGGCCGGCAGUAUGCCUAACCAGGUGGCCUACUUCCCCAGGAACAACCUGACAUCACAGCUGAUGAACCAGAUAACAGGACAGAUCCAGAAGCAGGCCUCUACGGUCGAGUUUGCCUCGGAGUUCGACAUGGCGCGGACCGUCGCUGAGGAGCAGACAACGUACUACGGAGCGAUCGUGUUCUACAUCGAUCAGAACGCCACAGCCCUGCCCAAGGACGUGCACUACGCCAUUCGUCUCCCUCACGACAUCGCGGGAAAUCGCAAGACCUGGGUGACGGAGAGAACCUACCCGACAUUCUCCAGGCCGGGGCCACGCCAGACAGGGGAUAAUGCGAACUACAAGGCCAGGUUCCUGGUGCUGCAGGCUGCAGUGGACACGGUGCUGAUCCGACAUCAGGCCGCAGCUAACGGUUCUGCUGGAGCCCUGCAGGACGUGGAGAUACAACUGCAGCAAUUCCCGUACCCGAAGUGGCGCGAGGACACGUUCCUGCAGACCAUCAGCUUCCUGCUGCCUUUCAUCCAGACUCUGGCCUUCAUCUACACCGCAGGCAUGAUGGUCAAGGAGCUUGUGUACGAGAAGGAGACGCGUCUGAAGGAAAGCAUGAAGAUGAUGGGGCUGGCCAACUGGGUGCACUGGCUGGCCUGGUUCCUGAAGAACCUGCUGUUCCUGCUGCUCACCGUGGUCCCCAUCGCCCUGGUGCUGAAGUUCGCCCGCAUCCUCGAGCACAGCAACGUCUCGCUCCUGCUCGUCUUCUGGCUGCUUUGGGUCCUCGCCUCCAUCUCAUGGUGCUUCAUGGUCUCGACAUUCUUCUCUCGAGCAAAGGUUGCGCUGCUGUUCAGCCUGGUUCUGUGGUACCUGAACUACAUGCCUUACCAGUUCAUUGUCAGCUCCUACGUUUUUGUCCCAUCCCCAGGUUGCCCUGCUGUUCAGCCUGGUUCUGUGUUUUUGUCCCAUCUCCAGGUGGCCCUGCUGUUCAGCCUGGUUCUGUGGUACCUGAACUACAUGCCUUACCAGUUCAUUGUCAGCUCCUACGUUUUUGUCCCAUCCCCAGGUUGCUCUGCUGUUCAGCCUAUGUUUUUGUCCCAUCCCCAGGUUGCGCUGCUGUUCAGCCUAGUGCUGUGGUACCUGAACUACAUGCCUUACCAGUUCAUUGUCAGCUCCUACGUUUUUGUCCCAUCCCCAGGUUGCCCUGCUGUUCAGCCUACGUUUUUGUCCCAUCCCCAGGUUGCGCUGCUGUUCAGCCUAGUGCUGUGGUACCUGAAUUACAUGCCGUACCAGUUCAUCGCUAACUCCUACGAGGACAUGACGGGCCCGCAGAAGACCGCCGCCUGCCUCCUCUCCAACACCUGCGCCUCCAUCGGCUUCCGACUCAUCAUCUACUACGAGGAGGCGACAAUCGGCGCCACCUGGGCCAACUUCCGUACCACGCCGUCCGUGGAUGACAAUUUCUCCCUCUCCAUGGCAUUUGCCAUGCUGGUGGUGGACACGGUUGUGUACCUGGUCAUCACCUGGUACAUCGAGGCGGUGUUCCCCGGAAAGUAUGGCGUCCCCAAACCGCCAUACUUCCUGUUCCAGCGGUCGUACUGGUGCGGGCCCAGCAACAGGGUCAAGCAUGGGGAGAAGACAGAGAAGAAAGGCCCUUCAGAAUGUCAUGACAACCAUGUUGCUUAUGAACAGAGUCAGGAUCUGGAGAUGGAAGCUGCGAACAACCUGAGCACCAUGGACUCCCCCCACGAGCCAGAGCCCCAGGGCCUGCCGCUGGGCAUCUCCAUCAGGAACCUGGGCAAGGUGUUCAAGGGCUCGACGGGGAGGAAGGUGGCUGUGGACGGGCUGUCACUCAACAUGUACCAGGGCCAGAUCACCUCUCUGCUGGGGCAUAACGGCGCUGGUAAGACCACGACCAUGUCCAUCCUGACCGGCCUGUUCCCCCCCACCUCUGGUACGGCGACUGUGAACAACCACAGUAUCCUGACUAACAUGGACGAGAUCCGCAGUAGUCUGGGGCUCUGUCCUCAGCACAACGUCCUGUUCGACAGGCUCACUGUCAGGGAACAUCUCUACUUUGCCAUCACUCUGAAAGGUAAGACAGGUGAUGAAGCUAAGAGGGAGAUCGCCCAGAUGCUGCAGGACCUCCAGCUGGAGAACAAGUCUGGGACCGUCUCCUCUCAGCUGUCGGGAGGGAUGAAGAGGAAACUGUCCUGCUCCAUGGCUCUGAUCGGCGGUUCCCAGGUGGUUAUCCUUGACGAGCCCACGGCCGGUAUGGACCCGUACGCACGGCGCGCCACCUGGGAUCUCCUGCUAAAGUACAAAGAGAACCGGACCAUGCUGCUGACCACCCACUACAUGGACGAGGCCGACCUUCUGGGGGACAGGAUCGCCAUCAUGGCCAACGGGAAACUCACCUGCAGCGGCAGCUCGCUCUUCCUCAAGAACAGGUUUGGUGUUGGUUACCACCUGACGCUGGCGAAGGCGCCGGUCUGUGUGGAGCAGAAGGUGAGAGACGAGGUGGAGAAGCAUGUUCCGUCGGCGCUGUUUGGCGGGAGCGUGGGGUCCGAGAUGGCGUUCAUCCUCCCCACGGAAAGCACCAGCCUCUUUGCCCCGCUCUUCCGCGAGCUUGAGCUCAACAGGGAGCUCUUUGGCAUCACCAGCUUUGGCGUUUCCGUGACAACCCUGGAGGAGGUCUUCAUGAAGACUGGUGAGGGGACCCUGGACGACAUCGGAAGCCUCACCAACCUCCAAGCCAGCAGCAACGGUCAGGCCAACGGGACAGCGACCAACGACACAGAGAGUGUCGAGGAAACUCUGCUGGCAGCCAACGGCGCAGAGAGAGCCGUUCCACCCUCCUCCCACAGCGCGAUCAACAUGGUGGACCAGUCUGUGUACCAGUACAGGGAUAGCGGAGACCUGGUGAAGGGGUGCGCCCUGAAGUGGCAGCAGUUCAAGGCCAUGAUACUGAAGCGUUUCCUGAGUGCGAAGCGAGACAAGAAGGCUCUGAUCACCCAGCUGAUCCUGCCUCUGCUCUUCGUGCUCCUCGGCCUGUUAGUCAGCAUCACGUUUCCCGCCCGCUCCAGCGACCCCGCCCGUGUGCUCAACUUCGCCAACGCCAGUGCCAACGAGCAAACCACAGGGCUGUUUGCUGAUCUGAGGACACAGAACGGCACGGGAAGCUUGUUUCAGCAUUUGUCCACAUACCUGUCCCAGUACAACAUGCAAGGAAGCGACGUGACGUCCACCGUCAAUUCCAUCAUGUCAAACAACGAGGGAAACAGCGUACAGGGAACAGCGUUGACCAACACCGCCCAAUGCUGCGGCUACCCCAACCUGGUCCUAAACUCCCAGUGUGCGGACACCCUGUAUGCCGACUCCGUCACAGCCAAUGCUUCAUCGUCCUAUAACGGGAAGUGUGUCAACGAGGAAGACUUUGGUUACUACCACUGUUACUCCUGCAUGCUGGAGAUGGCACCCACCAGUACCUGUCCCAUAGGAGUGAACUCCAGCUUCCUGACAGACACCACCCUGUACUACCAGGAGCAUUUUCCUGACGGACACCACCAUGUACUACCAGGAGCACGAGUGAACUCCAGCUUCCUGACAGACGCCACCAUGUACUACCAGGAGCACGUCCUCCAGACCAGCGACUCAGCCUCCUACUUCCGCAGUACCAUCGCAGGCUUCACUCUCUCCUCAAACCCUGACAAUGAGAGCCAGACCCUUGCCAGAGCAUGGUACAGUGACCAGGGGUACCAUUUCUCUGCCGUGUCGCUAAAUGCACUGAGCAACAUCCUGCUGCAGUUCUACACCGGUACUGACCACAGCAUCGAGGCCACCAACUACCCGCUGCCCAACAGUGCAGAGAACUUGGCAGAGAACGCUGAAAGAGGCGGAGCCGGCGUCAGUCUGGCCAUCCUCAUGGUGUACGGCAUGGCCUUCCUCGCCGCAAGCUUUGUGCCAUUCGUCGUGAACGAGAGGCAAUGUAAGGCCAAGCACAUACAGUUUGUGAGUGGACUGGACCCUGUGACGUACUGGGUGGCCACGUUUGUGUGGGACAUGAUCAACUACCUGGUGCCGUGGCUCUGCCUGGUCAUCAUGUUCGCUGCCUUCAACACAGACGACUUCGGGGGAGAGAACCUCGGCACUGUGGUUACCAUACUGUUGCUGUAUGGUUGGGCGGCCCUGCCCUUUACCUACAUGGUGGGGUUCAUGUUCGACUCACCACUGACGGCCUACUCCCUGAUCACCUUCCUGCUGUCCAUGGUCACACUGGGAUCCAUCAUCGCAGUUUUCAUCCUGGGCAGCGUCACCGGCGACGAGGACAUCGCAGAAAUCCUCAACUUUGUGUUCCUGCUGCUGCCGACCCACGCACUGGGUAAGGGUUUUAUAGACCUAUCCACCAACAGCCAGCUACGUGACCAGUGCACCUCCAGUGACUUUAACAAGCAGGCCUGCGAGGCCUCCAACGUCACAUACUACGAGAACAACUUGUGCUGAACAUGGACCCUAAGACAGGGAACUCUGCGGUGGUGAUCCGUAACCUGGGGAAGAUGUACGGCAUGAGGAAGUGUAAGAAGGCGACACGCCCCGCCGUGAGCGACCUGUGCCUCUCCAUCCCCGCGGGACAGUGCUUCGGGCUGCUCGGGGUUAAUGGGGCCGGGAAGACCACCACUUUCAACAUGCUGACAGGUGACCUCACCCCCACCACUGGUACCGCAUUCUUGGACGGCCUGAACAUCCAGACCCACCAGAGGGAGGUACGUCAGAGAAUGGGGUACUGCCCCCAGUUCGACGCCCUUCUGGAGAGAAUGACUGCCCGUGAGCUGCUAACCAUGUACGCCAGCUUGCGAGGAAUCCCGUCCAACCGUACCAAAGGCGUGGUAGAUGCCACCAUCGAGCACCUCAACCUGAGGGAGUAUGCCGACAAGCUGUGUGGGACUUACAGCGGUGGAAACAAGAGGAAGCUGAGUACAGCAUCAGCCAUCGUGGGAGAUCCACCCAUCAUCUUCCUGGACGAACCCACGGCGGGCAUGGACCCGAAGGCCCGACGGUUCCUGUGGGACGCGGUGACGUCACUGAUGAAGGGCGGCCGCUGCAUCGUGCCCUCCCACAGCAUGGAGGAGUGUGAGGCUCUCUGUACGCGCCUGGCCAUCAUGGUCAACGGGGAGUUCAAGUGCCUGGGCAGCAUCCAGCACCUCAAGAGCAGGUUCGGUAAAGGCUACACCCUGAUGGUGAAGGUGGAUGUGGAGAUCCACUCCCCCGAACCGCUCAAGAGCUUCGUACAGUCCCAGUUUCCUGGAGCAGAACUGGUGGAUGAACAUCAGGGUAUGCUGCAGUACCAACUGAGUAGCACAGGGGGCCUCACAUGGUCAUCUGUGUUUGAGGCCCUUGAGGGAAAGCGGACAGACCUGGGAAUCGUGGACUACAGUGUCUCACAGACCAGCCUGGAGCAGGUGUUUCUUAACUUUGCCAAGGACCAGUUUAGCGAAGACGAGCCGAACGGAAAGGUGACCGCCCCACCGCCAUACAGCGCCUCCGUACCCAACACUUCCUUCUCCAGCAUGAAGUCCCCUGCACACCACCAGCAGCCCAUCAUCACUAAGGGGGUCCACCAUAACGCAGGGUUCACUGACGACUCGGAAAACAUCACUCCCUUGUAGUGGGACAGUAUUGCAGUCUACUAUAAGACUGCUUUUACAAACGGAAAUGUUACACACUUAGAGUGGGAUUGUGGCAAAAUCCACAAUAACGCUCCUCUCCAAGCAGGGGUUAGGCUCCAGCUGUUUUUUAGUCGUUUUUAUCUGGCUUUCUAUUUUUUAAGUCCACCAGCCAGUUAUGUUUUGACAAAGAUACAAUAAAAAACCUGGGCCAAUAAAAACAA